AUGAAGCAAACAAGUUUCAGCCUCCUCCUCCUACUUCUCCAUCUCUACGUUACCUGCGGCUUCAUCAACAGGCCCCUGUCACGGCCAUCAUAUCUUAAAAGUCAGAAUGGAUGUGCGACCAACAAGCUCUACCCGACGAAGCUCAUCUCCUCCCCGAGGAAUGCAAGGCUGAGGGAGUGGAGGAACGGUUGGAAGAUACACUACAAGAAGUAUGGGAAAGGGUUCGGGGUGGGAGAAUUUCACUAUGAAAGGAAUGUCGAGGAACUGUCAAAGGACUUUGAAGUUUGGGACAAGGCAAGAGUUGGCCCUCGCAAGACCCUGCCCCAGGAGGUCAUCGAUUUCAUCGAGCAGAUCGUUCAGCGUCCCUGCUACGUCGCCGGGAAUUCUCUGGGCGGCUACCUGGCGGUCAUGACUGCCUCCUCGCGUCCAGAGCUCACCAAGGGUCUGCUCCUCCUCAACGCAACUCCCAUCUGGGGUGUUGGCAUCCAGAAAGUCCUGCCAUGGUCGGGAGGUUACCCGGUGCCCGAGUGGGUCCGUCCCAUCACCUUCACCUGGUGGGACGGCAUUCGCAGCUCGUCGACCAUCACUUCCCUCCUCUCCUUCGUCUACGCCAACAAGGAAAGGAUUGGACCCAAGUUGAUCGAAGAUAUUAUCGAGCCAACGGAACAUCCUGCCGCUGCUUCUGCUUUCGCUUCGAUCUUAUGCUCGCGAGGAAGCCUGAAAACGUUUGAUCAGAUGCUCGGAAAGAUCAAAGAAGACAAAGUUCCGGUGAGCAAGAGCAAGAGCAUGCAGGAUGAAGGGAGGAGAGAACGGAGAGGAACGAGUGGGAACAGAAGGAGGAGGAUGAAGGUCCAGAAGUAG